AAACCUAUACUGUACAUACAUACAUCCAUCCACGAUCAUAUACACAUACAUACGUGUGGCGGGGUUCUAAUUCCUGUACUUUUCUCUCAAAAAAUAUUACAUUUCCCUUCUUUCAAUGUUAUAGUUAACCAAAAUUCUACUUUUCAACAACUAUCCAAAUCAUCUCGUUAAUUCAAAAUGUCGAAAGCCGCUUCUGCGCGAGCAAAGUUCGCAGAACUUCGUGCUCUUCGAGAGUCUGGAAAGAAACGUCUCGACACUUAUGAAAUACAUCAGGAAGAAGAUUUAUAUGAAGAGGUCGACGAAGAAGGUUACAAGAAAGUUGUAAGGAAUCGCUUAAAUCAAGAUGAUUUCGUUAUCGACGACAACGGGGAAGGUUAUGCGGACGAUGGCCGCGAGGAUUGGGAUCGGGACCAUAGACAAGGCUACGGUAGCGAAAGUGAAGAAGAGCUUCCUGUUAAGGGCAAGAAUGGAAAGGCUGGUAGGUUCUUCGAGACUUGGAUAUCGAAGGCGUACCUGACAGUCCCAUAGCAAAGAGGAAACGUGAAGAAGAGAAAGCCAAAAAAGAGAAUAUGGACAAAGGUAUCAGCAACUACUUCACCAAAGGACCGGUAGCGGCUCAACAAAAACCAAAGGUAAUUGCGAUUUGUCUGACCUGUUUACAUAUCGCUAAUUGUGACAGCCCGUCAAAACGAAAGCAGAUGAAGAUUUCUUAGAAGGACUUUUAGGGCAGGUAGACAUGAACGUUCCUCGACCGAAACCCCAACCUUCGAGAGCCAGUAGGACACAGGAGAAGAGGAGGACGAGAGCCUUAUCUCCAGCAUUAAACGAUCCCAGACAUAUGUCUAAAAGAACUAAGGUAGCGGAUAGUCGAUCCGCUGAUAUUACGAAUGCACCUUCAAGCCCCCCUGUUUAUUUGGGUGAUGAUGAUGAUUUCAUGGCUGGAAUUGACGAUGAUGAUAUGCCAAUGGAUGAGCCGCAACCCUCAUCUCCUGUGGCGAAAGCUGUCGAGAGAAGACUUCAUAUUAGUGUCAAGGAAGAAGAGGAUGAGGAUGAAGACAUGAUGGAGGUUGCUCAAGCGGAUGGUAUCACAGGGGCCAGCGUCAAUAUUUCCGGAACUAGGCCCCCACCCAAGCUGAAAAAGGAGUUAUGCACAACUCCAAUAACCUCAUCUCCACCCCGCGGUUCAGCUGACGAAGUUGAUGCGUCAUCUUGGAACGAUGUUACCCAAAAAUUGAACGUUAUGAAUAGUAGUCAACCUUCAGAGACAAUGUCGUUUGGAAAGCUCGACUAUAACGACGCAAUUGAAGAAGAUGGAAGUCUUCAUAUGUUCUGGACUGAUUAUACUGAAAUUAAUGGCAGUUUAUGUCUUUUUGGCAAAGUUAAGAACAAGAAGACAGGUAAUUUUGUUAGUUGUUUUGUAAAGGUUGAUAACAUCCUGAGGAAACUAUUUUUCCUUCCACGGCAAUAUCGUAAGCGCCAUGGGCAGGACGCAACCGAUGAAGUGGAGAUGAAGGAUGUUUACGAAGAAAUUGAUGACAUGAUGACGAAAAUGAACGUUGGAAUGCACAAAAUAAAACCUUGCACUAGAAAAUACGCCUUCGAGCUACCCGAUAUACCAAAAGAGGGCGAAUAUCUGAAGUUGUUAUACCCCUAUUCCAGUGAGUGUAAAAUCUGACACCUAACUACUUAGCUGACAACUCUAGAAUCCGCAUUACACGCCGACCAGCACAGCGGCUCAACUUUCUCUCACGUCUUUGGAUCAAAUACUCCUCUUUUUGAACAAUUUGUUCUCUGGAAGAACAUCAUGGGUCCAUGUUGGUUAAAGAUCGAAGAUGCAGACUUUGGAGCUCUUAAAAAUGCUUCUCACUGCAAAUUAGAAGUACAGGUUUCGAAACCGAAUCUCAUUAUUCCCAUCAGUGAGUCCGGUAACCUCGAAGCGCCACCCUUGACCUUGAUGAGUAUUGCUUUACGCACUGUCUUCAAUGUAAAGGAAAACAAACAAGAAAUUCUCGCAAUCAGUGCACGCAUAUAUCAAAAUAUUUCACUAAGCGACACCACUCCGCCGGAAAAGUUACCUUGUCAAACUUUUACUGUCGUGCGGCCGAACGGAUCGCAUUUUCCUAUCGGUUUCGAGGGGAUAGUUAAACAACGUUCGAUAGGCCUGGUCAAGCUGGUUAAGCAGGAGAAUGAGAUUCUAAGCUUCUUCCUUGCCCGCCUAGACUUAGUUGAUCCAGAUGUUCUCGUUGGCCACCAAUUGGAAGGCGUAGAUUUCAGCAUCCUACUAAGUCGAUUUCAGGCCAGAAAGACUCCACAGUGGUCACGCAUUGGUCGUAUGAGGCGUACCCAAUGGCCGGGAUCCAUGGGGAAAAUGGGGGGCAAUUUCUUUGCAGAGCGAACGCUAAUGUCAGGCCGUCUCAUGUGUGACUUAGCCAAUGAUAUGGGAAAAUCGACUAUGACUAAAUGUACGUCUUGGACGCUCACCGAGAUGUGCAGCCUUUACUUGUCAGGUGCCAAUCGUCGAGAAAUCGAUAACGAUGUUGCAUUGAAGACAUGGGCUACUAACAAAGACGGGUUAAUGGACUAUGUCAGCCAUUGUGAAGCAGAUACGUACUUCAUCGCAGCUCUCGCCUUGAAGGUUCAAAUGCUUCCUUUAACGAAAGUUCUUACUAACUUGGCUGGAAACUCUUGGGCAAGAACACUUACCGGUACUCGAGCCGAGCGCAACGAAUACAUUUUGUUACAUGAGUUUCAUCGCAAUAAGUACAUUUGCCCUGACAAAGCUGUUUUCAAGGGUAAGCAGCAGGUUGAGGAAGAGAAUGCUGAUGAAGAAAGUGGAGAUGUAAAGAAGAAGGAUAAGUAUAAGGGAGGUCUAGUUUUCGAGCCAGAGAAAGGGUUAUACGACAAAUUUGUCCUUGUCAUGGAUUUCAAUUCCUUGUACCCCAGUAUUAUCCAGGAAUUCAACAUCUGCUUCACUACAGUUGAUAGGUUAAACUUGGUAUGUCCUUGAUCUUCCUGCGGAAGGAAACAUUGUACUAAUGUGUAUAGUCCGAUGAUGAGGAUCGGGUUCCAGAGGUCCCAACAGAUCAGGAACAAGGUAUCUUGCCUAAGCUUAUUGCCACACUUGUCAGUCGACGUCGACAAGUCAAGAGCCUCAUGAAAGACAAACAUGCGACCUCGGAGCAGUUGGCGACUUGGGAUAUCAAGCAAUUGGCAUUGAAGCUUACUGCGAACUCUAUGUAUGGUUGUUUGGGAUACACCAAGUCUAGGUUUUAUGCUCGACCACUUGCGGUUCUCACGACAUACAAAGGUCGUGAGAUUCUCCGAAGUACCAAAGAUCUGGCCGAGAGCAAAUCGUUACAAGUCAUCUAUGGUGAUACGGAUUCCGUCAUGAUUAAUGCCAACGUCGAUAACAUUCAGGAUGCCCUUGCAGUUGGGAACGACUUCAAAAAAUCCGUCAACGAUCGUUAUAAGUUACUGGAGAUUGAUAUCGACAAUGUAUUUAGACGCAUUUUACUUCAGGCAAAGAAGAAAUAUGCCGCAAUCAAUCUUGUACAGGUUGAUGGAAAAUUCGUUGACAAGAUGGAAGUCAAAGGUCUGGAUAUGAAGCGUCGUGAAUACUGUAAUUUGUCAAAGGAGGUCUCCUCUCAACUGUUGAACGAAAUUCUUUCCGGUGAUGAUGCAGAGGCUGUUAUCACUCGGAUUCACGAUUACCUUCGUGAAAUUUCGACAAAAAUGAGAGAAGGGAAUGUUCCAGUCCAGAAAUAUACAAUCUACACGAAACUCGGAAAAGCGCCUAAGGAUUAUCCCAAUGCUGACAACAUGCCACAAGUUCAGGUCGCUUUGCGCGAAAUGGCCAAGGGAAAACAAGUUCGAAAGGACGAUGUCAUAGCGUACAUUGUGACAGGAGAAGGGAAAACAUCUGAGAAUGCUGCUAAACGCUCAUUCACACCUCAAGACGUGAUGAAGCGUGACUCGGAUCUCAAACCAGAUGUUGAAUGGUAUCUCUACAAACAGAUUUUUCCACCCGUCGAGCGGUUGUGCGCAAACAUUUCUGGUACAGAUACAGUACGUCUGGCUGAUUGUCUUGGACUUGAUGCACGGAAAUAUAGUAUCAACAACAAUAACUCAUCAGGAGGCAACGAAGCAGAGAUUCAUCCACUCGAAAGUCAAAUCGAUGACUCUGUACGCUUCAAAGAUUCCAGUCGUCUCACUCUCCGCUGUCGAUCAUGUAAAGCUACUUUCGGAUUCGAAGGACUCCUCAACAGUACAGAGAAUUGCUCUCCCUCCGGCAUCAUCUGUCGCUGUGGCAACAUUCUCUCCACUCUUUCAAUCAUGACACAACUUGAACAUCAAAUCCGCCAAGAAACAUGUAAAUAUUAUGAAGGUUGGCUUGUAUGCGAUGAUCAAGCGUGCGGUAAUCGCACCAGACAAAUGAGCGUUUAUGGACGCAGAUGUUUAGGGCCAAAGGGCUUGGCUCAAGGAUGUCUAGGGAAGAUGCGAUACGAAUACACGGAGAAAAUGAUGUAUAAUCAGCUGUUGUACUUUGCUAGUUUGUUCGAUGUUGACAAGGCAAAGGGUAAUGCGAGGGGUACCGAGAAAGGUAAGGUCUCUAUUCUUGUUCUAUAUGAAAUUUAUGUGCCAGAAAUUAAUAUGUUCAUAGAACUUGUCUCAGCACUAGCAGAACAUAAUCGCGUCAGAUUCGGCACGCUGAAAAAUGUGGUAGAUAAAUAUCUGGAUAAAUGUGGAAGGCAAUGGGUUGCAAUGGAUAGUCUUUUUGGGAAAUUGGGCUUCCUCGCCAUGUGAUCUGGUUGCAUGUAUGGCCUUAUAUAGGAUAGGCUUUGUUGGUAUAAUUAAUGAAAGAAUGGGUGCAUGUAUGGCCUUAUAUAGGAUAGGCUUUGUUGGUAUAAUUAAUGAAAGAAUGGGUGCAUGAAUGUACGGGAGUUGGGUAUAUUCUCAUGGUUUGGUACAGGAUAGAUGGUACCGGGGGCGUUGUUUGUAAUAGGAAUUUUUAUAGUUGAAUAUAGCAUUUUGUUGGUGCUGGUGUGUGUGUGGACUGCUUUAGAUACUUCAACGAAA